AUGGAGCAAACCGUCACUGCUUUCCGCACCAGAAUGGCGGCAGCAAAUAAAGCCUUUCUGGAAGCUCGAAUCUCGGGACAUCGCAGUGCACCCUACUCCAAUUUCCAGGGCAUUUUUGCCAUGACACGUUGCUGGUCCCGCUUGACGGAGGGACACAAGAUGUGGAAGGGUGAACCUCCAGUUCCUGAGGAUGCUCCGGAUGAGUUGAAGAAUCAAGCAAGAUUGGAAGCAGAGGUUGAUUCUCUGGACGAUGUUAAGAGACUGAUCGAGAAGCAUUGGCUGCUUGAUGGUACUAAGCCUCCGGUUGGGGAGGAGUUGAGAAAGAACUUUUUGAGGAUUUUGGAAGAAGUUUUGGAUGAGACGAAGGAUGGGGAAUUGCUUGAGGACGAGGAGGGGAAAUUGGAGUUACCUGCUGAGCUGACAGAUUUUCUCAGUGUUACGAAUGGGGUGCUUGAUGAUGCCGAUUUCCGGCAUAGUGGGAUUUGCGACUUCUCGAUGGUAGAGGAAAAGUAUGUUGAGGAUGAGGAACUCCUGCGUGGUAGACUUGAGACUGCCGCUGAUCCAGAUGAAUGGGUCAACAUGGGCGCAGACUACCUUGAUGACGAGCUUGAGGUUGCCGCAGGCGUGGUUUUGGACUUUAAGCAGCAGUGGCCAGAUACUACUCCUGAGUUCAAGAAUAACACUUGGACGAGUAUGUACGCUUACUGUCAGCCUGUCCCCGACCAAGAUGACGAGGACUCAGCGGAAGACUUCUCAUGGAGAGUUGUGAUCUACCACCGGAUCAAUGAGAUCGACCGUGCGGUGUUUACAUUCACGAGUAUUGCGAACUUCCUGGGAUGGUACGCCUCAUGGGACGAACGGAUGAACAUGGAAUCUAUGAGGAGAGCGACCUCUGGGUAUGGACCUCCUGGAAUUGACCACGACAUUGAAGACUAUGCUCCUGCAUGA